UAUCGCUUCUUCCUUCGGUCUGCUAAAUUGGUGGUAAGAAGAGUUUCUGAAUCCGAAUGGGGUUUCAGUGAGGGCAAUCAUACUUGAGUUUCUGAAUUCUGCAACAAAUUUAACUUAAAAAGGAAAGCUUUUGAGUUCUCAUCUGUGGGUGUUCCUUCCAAUAUCUGGACCAACUCAAUAAGCACUCCAAGAAAAGAAAAGAAAAAAUUGAAGUAGCUCAAGUGAAUGGCAGCUUUGGCACUGCCGUCUUUAUCCUACUGCCGUUUCAAGCUUUGCAGGCAGUUGACCAUGGAACCCUCUUCAUUGACAUCAGCCCAACCCUCAAAAUCAUCUUCCCCAUUCCCAGUUAACCCCCAAAACCAAAUCCGACCAUUGUACUUACUACCCAUACAUGCCACCUUGAAUAGCCCAAAAGGCUUUGGAUCCCCACCCAAGAAAAACAAAAAGACAAAGAAAUCAAAGAGUGGUGGUGAUGACAAUGAAGAAGAAGAAGAAGAAGAAGAGGAAGAAGAGGAGAAUGAAGCAGAGGCAGGGGUGAUACCUGAGGUGGUAACAAACAGGAUGAUAAGCAGAAUGGGAUUCACAGUUGGGAUUCCAUUGUUGGUAGGGCUGUUGUUUUUCCCAUUCUUUUAUUAUCUCAAGGUUGAAUUGAAAAUCGAUGUACCAACGUGGGUGCCGUUUAUUGUGUCCUUCAUCUUCUUCGGGACAGCACUGUUAGGGGUGAGUUAUGGGAUUGUGUCAUCUAGUUGGGAUCCGUUGAGAGAAGGGUCAGUCUUGGGAUGGAAUGAGGCUCAGAAGAACUGGCCUGUUUUUUGGCAAUCCAUUUGGGGGGGUGGAUCACGUAAAAAGUGAAAGGGACAUUACAUACAUGGUUGCGUACUGGUAUUUUUGUCUCGAGUUUACUACUAAUUCAUGUUAUGCUAUAUUAUUUAAGUUAUGCUUUGCUCUAAA